AUGAAGUCUCUCCGAUUCAUUAGUGCUGAAGCACUCGUCUCAAAUGCAGAGUUUGCCAGGAAGAGUCUCAGCAGUGUUGCCCAUAAUCUUUUUCCUCUUCUUUUUAAAGCCAGCUAUUUACUGGAGCAAGGGGAAGUGAUUCAUGACUUGGUAGAGAACUGGCCGCUUGCUGACUUUAACAUGGGAAAACUUUUGGGAACUACUGUGGACUACCAGGAAGACUUGAGCCAUAGAACCUGCUCAGUGUGUUUGGAAAGCUGUCUGACAGGGCUGAGAGACUAUGUGCUGAAUCAUGCUUCUCCAUACGUGAAAAGGUUGAAAGUGGUGGACCUGACAGGUAUGAAAGAUGUUGAAGUUCAGUUCUGUGAGUGUAAGAAGACAAUGGGCAGGUGGGGCAGGACACAUCUGCUCUCCAAGCUUUGUUUAGAGCUGCUAGUUUACCUGCAACAAACAGAGUGCAAUCCAGGUGCCUCUGAAAUCAGUAUCGAUGUGCUAAUUGACUUGUUUGUUACAGAGCGGAACUAUGACCUGGUAGUACAGGCCCUGCUGAAGAAAUGCUAUUGUCCACUGAAGAUCUGCUGUCCGGCAUUCAGAUCUGACAACCUAGCUUUGCAGAAAUUCUUCUUCAUCAUUAAGCUCACGGAUCCCUCUUUGCUGCGCAAACUGGAAAUAGUUCACAAUGUUCGCUUGGAAAUGGAACACUUGGAAAUACUCUUCAACAGUAUCCACUUCCCUCUAUUGAUGUCCUUGACCUUGCCAGCACGAACAUUUAACGUGCGGAGGUUCACAGCUGCAGAUGAACGGAUGCUUACUAACAUUGGAGAAAAGAUGGGUGAAAUGACACAGCUGACUGAGCUGAGUAUGUCCUUUUCUAUACUCACAGGAAGAAUACAGAAACUGCUCAGCCCACUAAAAACUCCACUGAAGAUGCUGGAUGUUUCUAACUGCUCACUGAACCAUGCUGAUAUGGCCUAUUUAGCCAAUAGUUUCCAUGCGAAUCACUUAGAAGUGCUGGACCUGAGUGGUCACGAUAUACCUGACCUUUACCCAUCAAUAUUCUUUAAGCUUCUCAGCCAUUCCUCUUCAGUGCUCAGGAGUCUUACCUUGGAGGACUGUAACAUCCAAGACACUCAUAUCAACAUGUUGAUUUUAGGUUUAAGCCCGUGUCAGAAACUACAGGAGUUUAAGUUCCUUGGAAACCCACUAUCAUCCCAAGCACUUAAACACCUUUUCACAUUUCUCUGUGAGUUGCCAAAGCUGAAAAAUGUGGAAUUCCCAGUUCCAAGAGAUUGCUACCCUAUUGGCACCACCUACCCAAUUGAUGAUGCCAGUCUCUGCAGAUUUGAUCACCAAAAAUACGAAAGUGUAGCAAAGGAGCUUAACCUCAUUUUACUCCAAGCAAAUAGGGAGGAUGUGAAGGCUUCAACUCCACUCUUUGGCAGUUAUGACGCAAUUGUUCAGGAGACAAACAAUGAACUGGGAGCUUACUUGAUCAAGUCCUUCAAAGAGACUUUAGAAAAGUUUACUACUUCUCUUAACAAAAUGAGUUAA